AGGCCAGUGAAUAAAAAGGCACUUGUAACAGGAAGCUGCUCAACUCAAAUCCCACCUAGACACGCAAUAAUAAACAUGGUUUCCUCCAAAAUGUCUGCACUGAUCACGGUGGUGCUAAUGAUUCUUGUGGCCACCACCACCACCAAGGUGGCGGAGGGGCAGGGUACAACACCGUCCUGUGCUUCAAAUUUGGUCCCCUGUGCCAACUACCUCAACUCAACUCACCCACCAGCCUCGUGCUGUAACCCUCUCAAAGUAGCCGUCACCACGCAGCUUGACUGCCUCUGCAAGCUUUACGAGAAUCCUGCACUAUUGGCUGCUUUUAGGAUCAAUAUAACCCAGGCACUCAAGCUUCCGGGCUACUGUGGCAUCCCUGGGGAUAUUAGUGCCUGCAAGGCCCAGGCUCCAGGUUCCUCAGCAUCAGAGACUCCUCCAGCGCAAUCUGGUGGAAAAAAUAACGGUGUAGGCAAGAUUGCAGGGACUGGACUGACAAGUUUGCUCUUGGCUCUGGCUUCCUUGAUGCUUUCUUAGAUCAUUUUUGUGCCUUUCUAUUAUUUGGAAGCACAUAUCUGCAGGCAAUUGAUUACUAUAGAGAGAGAGAGAGAGAGAGAGAGAGAGAGAGGCUGUUUAUUCUAUCAUCCGCCUUAUAUGCAUAUUCGCGUUCCAUCACACUGGAUGAUUUUAGGACAUACCUGAUCUGAUUGUACCGUUUUGGUUCCUUGGAACUAUGUGGAUUCUUGGUGUAUAACUUUUUCUUUCAGAAUAAUUUCGCUCUUCCCCUUGUUCAAGGUUA